GCUGGCGGAGAUUUGAUGGCCGGUACUGAAGCGGAUAGUGUGACCUGCUUGAACGGUUUGCGGCUUUUGAGCAAAUUGGGGAUAAAAUUGCCUCUCCUCUGGCUGCGACUGGAAUCUGAACGGAAAAUAUUUACGAACGGCAGCGCGAUGGGAAACACACUAUGCAAGGAACCCGGCGCAAACAGUUCGCUCCGCCCUGGACGAGUUUUGGAUAACUUUGGAAGUUUGAUGUGUCCUAAUGGUCUGGGAAAGAACAAAUCUGGAAUAAAUAAAACAUAUUUGAGUCGACAUGUGCUGGAAACCGGUCCCAAGUCCAACACGCUCAACAGCUGGCAGAGCGCCACUCUAACCGUUCCGGAUGGAACCACCGACGGAGGCGUCGUCGUCGACCGUCCCCCGAUGGCUCCACCGCGCAAAAAGCGCGGAAGUACGCUGGAACGUGACACUUCUCCCCCAAUUUCGCCGCCACCGCCACCACCCCCACCGAAAACGCUAAAGGUCAAGAAUGGCUUCAAGGACGUCUUCGGGCCGGACAGCCGGCGCCAGUCGUACGAUGUUCCGGGCAGCAAGGCGAAAGACACGGUGGACGAGAGAUUGCAGGGCAAGUCGGUGUCGAGUUUUGAGAUUGACGCGAAGAACGAUGCGUUCAGUGACUUUUCCAAGGUUCCGACCAAGGGUGAGUUGGAGAAGGGUGGGACCGGAAAGGCUUCCUCAAAGGUUGGGAAUAGGAAGUCGGAUAAGUUUUUCGGGGAGAAUCUGUCGGAUUCGCUGUCGAACGAACCGGUGGUGAAGGAACGAAGGAGGAGUUCGAAGAAGGGGAUGGAGGAUUUGGACAAGAUCGAUCAGUUUAUUGAGAGCAACGUGCUGAAGAGCGAGGUGAAGGCUACGGUUGGGAGCGAUGUUCCGAAGAUCGAAAUUACCAAACCGGAUGGGAAGGGGGUUGAGCAGAAGGUUAAAAAGGUGGAUUCUGUAAAAUCGAUGAAGGAGUUGGAUUUGGAUGACCAGGAAACCCAGGAGAGCCUGAUCAAGUACCUUGACGAAUCAGUUGGGAAGGAAACGAAUCUGGGGAAGAAGGCGGAGUUCCUGAUGGCCAUGUUGGAGGACUACCCGGAGGAUAAAUAUCUUGGCAUGAAACCGGUUGAGGAGCCGCUGAUUGUUCCAAGGAAGCGCAAGAGUCGCCACAUUUGUGAUGAUGAUAACCACAUGCAUGGAAUGAUGCACAAGUGCGAAAAGGAAUCAACCAAGCAGCUGAUCACUACGGAAGCAUCGAUCGAAACACCUCCGCGGAAGCCAAGUCGAGAUUUUAGUCGAUAUUUGGCAACGGCGGAUGGUUGCAGCGAUUCGGACGACUCUUGUUUCUCGAGACCGAUUCGCAAGCAGCGAUCACCGAGUCGGAAGGCGCUUCCGUCACCUCCGAUGCCGCCAAAGCUGACGAAGAGCGUGUCGGAAGUACAGUUCCGCUGUAAUCUUGGCGAUUCGAUGGUCAGUACUGCGAAGAAAACCGAAGAAACCGGCGACGCAAAGGCCCACACUCCAAGAAUGCUGAAGCGAAUCAUCUCGAUGCCAUCGAACAUGGUCAAGGCGGAAUCACGAAGCACAACUCCUCAACCCGUACUGCUAAAAAGCAGCAGCUCCAGCUCGUUCCUCAUCAAGGAUCUGCAGAAAGCCCACAUCAGUGUGGGUCGUUUCACUCCGGAGGAACAUUCCCACAACGCAGCGGACGAGCUGGUCAAGCCCAAGCAUCGACUUGCGGUGCGGAAAAUCUCCGUCAAAUCCAACGAUGGCUCGCAGUACACCCCAACUCCAACCCAAGAAAUGGCACCGCCCAAGUUCACCAUCGGAAGCAGCGAGGUUGUGCGGAGCUCAACCCCGCCCCCAGUCCCAAAGCGUAGAAAGUCCUCCGGUGUCGAACUCAAGCAGCAAGAUUCCCGCAUCGAUCCCGUAUCGCACAAGAAUCCUCUCAUCAAAGAGAUCAUCAAGUACGACCUGGGAUCGUUCCUGGAGUCGUCCCAAAUCCUCCACCACCACGACAUCACCAACGUGAUCGACAACGUGUACAACGCCGCCGACAGCAAGGAAAACAUCCUGAGCGAAUUCCAGCAGUACCUGGAAGAUCACAUCACCGAAGAAAUCAACGACGCCAACUCGCAGAAUCCCAACAGUGCCAAGCUGCUGGAACUGCUACGCGAUCGAGCAACCGAAGAAGACGACAAGCUGGAGAACGUCAAGAUCGACCUGGUCAGCUCGGAAAACUCCAACCGAUCGUCCGAUCUUGACGAGUGCUUCGAUUCGGAGUUUGUAAAGAUAGAAAAACCGGAACUCCCACAAAGCAAAGACGACGCAAGUGACUGGCCAGAAUCGGCUUCGGAGUUGGACACCGAAGUAGAGGACACGGACAAGCUGGGCAAAAUGGUACACGUUAAGGGUGGACCGGCCCGGAUGGGCCGUCGGGAAAGCAUCGAGGACGUUGACAGCUGGUUCCAGCAUCACAACGAGCUGUCCGAGGGUGAGGAAAUCAUCGGAGUUAGGAAGCAACGGCGCGGGUCGGACGGGUUCCUCUCGUACGAUAUGACGCGACAGUAUCCGUUUGGUGAGGUGAAGCACCGUAGAGAUUCGCUGUCGGCGGAAAUGUUCGAGGACAUUACGAAGCUGCACGACAUGGGAGUGAGCAAGGAUAAGGCAAACUCACCGAAGGUUGUGGGGGAAAGUCGCAUUCGCGAGCGGCGCGGCUCGGAUGGGUUGGUGUUUUACGACACGAGCCGGAAGUUUCCGUUUGGGGAGCCGAACACGGAGUUUCCCAAGGGUUUGCUGGCGGAGGGGGAGAAGCAAAGACAGGCGAAUGGGGAUGAUGCGGGUGAGAAGUCGGGAGAGGCCACGACGAACGAGAAGAUCGAGAAGAAAGUAGAGGCAGAGAAGAAGGAUGAUCCGGUGGAGCAUUCUACGUUACUGAAAAUUUUGUCCAAGGAAAAUUUGAUCUAGUAGCGUCGUAGAUGAUUGGAAAAUUUCAAAUUAAAAUAUUAUUAUUUUCGAAAGAGUCAGUAUUAGAAAGAAAAGAGUAAAAAGUGGUAGCUUGAUUCAAAAGUUUUAGAACGUAAAAUGUGUUGUAAUCAUUCCGAGAGUUACCGAUCAUAACUUAGUCAAUAGUGUAAGACGUGAAGUAAACUUGCUUUAAGAGAAUCUCGCUGAGAAGUGUAUGAUACUUGUAUAUUUUGAAAUAAAGCUAUGUGAAUAAA